UCAAAUAAAUAUAUUAAAAUGUAAAUGAUUUUGUGUUCAAAUCAGAAUUGAAAUAUGUUUGGGGUGAAAAUUUUUGGCAAAACUUGAAUUGAAAUUUCAGCAGAUCAGCCAUACAAACAAAAUCAGGUCAAGCUACAACAGGAGAAAAUUGCAAGUGACACGAAAUUAAAUAUCAAAUACAAAACUCAAAGCAAAUUUUUAUGAAAAUUGACACAUUUUAAAUGUGUCAAAAGUUAAAAUUAAUAUAUAGCAAGUAUCCAGUUAAAAUUAUAAAACCAAAAUGCAUCGAGCAAGCGCUACUAUCAGUACGACAUUAACACCAAUGUCGCGACGUAAUUUUUUAAUAUGGAUGCAAAAUGCUAACAAUAGGAAGCUUAUUCGAAAUGCAGCUGCUGCUAUUUGGGCUCGUAAAUAUAGUUCAGCUGCACUAAAUGAACAAUUCGUAAAUGGCACAAGUGCUGCCUAUGUUGAGGAAAUAUACAAUUCUUGGUUAAGAGACCCGCAAUCGGUGCAUACAUCUUGGGAUGCUUAUUUCCGUACCAACCAAUAUUCAGGACCACCUAAUCUAGCUCCAAUGGGCAGGAAUACUAUGCCAUUGUCAGCAUUUAUGGGUGCUGGAGGAGGAGCGCCCGAUGAAAAAACAAUUGACGAUCACUUGGCAGUGCAGGCAAUAAUCAGAAGUUAUCAAUCCAGAGGUCAUUUGGCAGCUGAUUUGGAUCCUCUAGGGAUUAAAACGCGUGAAACAACUGUUAGCAAGGAUGGUCUGCAAAGACGUGCUAAUGAAGAUGUACUGCGGCAACAUACUUCCUUCUUUUUUGGCGAAAAUGACAUGGAACGUAAAUUUAAAUUGCCCAGCACAACAUUUAUUGGUGGCGAAGAAUCCUCCUUGCCAUUGAAGGAUAUUUUGAGCCGUUUAGAGAAUGUUUAUUGCAAUAAAAUUGGUGUGGAAUUCAUGUUCAUUAAUUCUCUGGAUCAAUGCAAUUGGAUUAGAAAACGCUUCGAAACUCCUGGUGUAAUGACUUUUUCACCCGAACAGAAACGUUUAAUUUUAGCUCGUUUGACACGUGCUACUGGUUUUGAAGCUUUCUUGGCCAAAAAAUACUCUUCUGAAAAACGUUUUGGUUUGGAGGGUUGCGAAAUGAUGAUUGUUGCUUUGAAAGAAAUUAUUGAUGUUUCAACUGAUUUGGGUGUAGAAUCUGUUAUAAUGGGCAUGCCACAUCGUGGUCGUUUAAAUACUUUAGCAAAUGUCUGCAGAAAGCCAUUAGAACAAAUCUUCAAUCAAUUUGCUGGUUUAGAAGCUGCAGAUGAUGGUUCCGGUGAUGUGAAAUACCAUUUAGGCACAUACAUUGAACGUUUAAAUCGUGUUACAAAUAAAAAUAUACGUUUAGCCGUCGUUGCUAAUCCUUCUCAUUUGGAAGCUGUAGAUCCUGUUGUACAGGGCAAAACACGUGCCGAGCAAUUCUAUCGUGGUGAUCAAGAAGGCAAAAAAGUAAUGUCAAUACUUUUGCAUGGUGAUGCAGCUUUCUGUGGUCAGGGUGUAGUUUAUGAAACAAUGCACUUGUCAGAUUUGCCAGAUUAUACAACACAUGGUACCAUACAUGUUGUUGCAAAUAAUCAAGUUGGUUUCACCACUGAUCCACGUUUCUCUCGCUCUUCACCCUAUUGUACUGAUGUAGCACGCGUUGUUAAUGCACCUAUUUUCCAUGUCAACGCAGAUGAUCCAGAAGCAGUUAUGCAUGUAUGUAAAGUUGCUGCUGAAUGGCGUGCUACAUUCCAUAAAGAUGUUGUUAUCGAUUUGGUUUGUUAUCGCCGCAAUGGACACAAUGAAAUCGAUGAACCAAUGUUUACUCAACCUCUUAUGUACCAAAAGAUUAGAAAAAUGAAGAAUUGCUUAGAUUUGUAUGCUGAUAAACUUAUUGCUGAAGGUACUGUAACAGGUGAUGAAGUUAAAUCUGUUGCUGCCAAGUAUGAAAAAAUUUGCGAAGAAGCUUUUGAAGGUGCAAAGAAGGAAACACACAUUAAAUAUAAAGAUUGGCUUGAUUCACCUUGGUCUGGUUUCUUUGAAGGUAAAGAUCCUUUGUUAGUGUGCCAGACUGGUGUAAAAGAAGAAACUUUAGUGCACAUUGGUACCAGAUUUUCUCAACCACCACCCAACGCAGCUGAAUUCGUUAUUCACAGGGGUCUGCUACGUAUCUUAGCGGCACGUAAAGCUAUGGUUGAUGAAAAACAAGUAGAUUGGGCACUUGGUGAAGCAAUGGCUUUUGGUACUUUGCUCAAAGAAGGUAUACAUGUUCGCUUAUCUGGUCAAGAUGUAGAACGUGGUACCUUCUCACAUCGUCACCAUGUGCUCCAUCAUCAGCUUGUUGAUAAAGCUACUUACAAUAGCUUACAACAUUUAUAUCCCGAUCAGGCACCAUACUCAGUUUCAAAUAGCUCUUUGUCAGAAUAUGCUGUACUAGGUUUUGAACAUGGUUACUCAAUGACAAAUCCAAACGCUCUAGUCCUUUGGGAAGGUCAAUUUGGUGAUUUUGCAAAUACCGCACAAUGUAUUAUUGAUCAGUUUAUAUCCAGUGGUCAAGCUAAAUGGGUGCGUCAAUCUGGUUUAGUAAUGUUAUUGCCUCAUGGUAUGGAAGGUAUGGGUCCAGAACAUUCAUCAGGACGUGUAGAACGCUUCUUGCAAAUGUCAUCUGAUGAUCCUGAUUAUUUCCCACCUGAAUCUGAUGAAUUUGCUAUACGACAAUUGCAUGAUAUUAAUUGGAUUGUGGCUAAUUGUACAACACCUGCUAAUUUAUUCCAUAUAUUACGACGACAAAUUGCUUUACCUUUCCGCAAACCUUUAAUCUUAAUGACACCAAAAUCAUUGCUUAGACAUCCUGAAGCAAGGAGCUCAUUUUGUGAUAUGGUUGAAGGCACUGAAUUUCAACGUAUUAUUCCCGAUAACGGACCAGCAGGGGAGAAUCCCGAUUGCGUAAAAAAAGUUGUUUUCUGUUCAGGAAAAGUGUAUUACGAUUUAACAAAAGCCCGUGCUGAAAGAGAACUAGAAAAUGAAGUAGCUAUUGUGCGCCUGGAACAGAUUUCACCCUUCCCCUUCGAUUUAAUUAAAGAACAAGGUAAUAUCUACAAAAAUGCUGAAUUGAUUUGGGCUCAAGAAGAACACAAAAAUCAAGGCCCAUGGCCAUAUGUCCAACAACGCUUCUUAACCGCAUUUAAUCACGGUAAAGAUAUCAGCCAAAGUGAUGAACACGCCUCCUCUACCACUAGCACAACAACCAACACUAAUGCUAAUACUGAUAGUGAUACUGAUUCUGAAUCCGAAUCCGAUACUAAAUCUAAACCUUGGUUGAGUCGUAUGUUCUCCUCAAGCUCUAAAUCCUCCUCAACUAACAACCAAGAAGCUACAGGCGAAUUUAAUGCCGCCAAGCAUUUCGAUCUAAAGAAUAUGCGCCACGAUUUUAAUAGACCUGCUGAUACUAAGACGGCAUCUGAUGCACGUAAAUCACAAACCGGACGUAAAAUUAGAUAUGCCGGCCGUCCAUGCGGUGCUUCAACAGCAACAGGUUCAAAGGCUCAACAUAAUCGUGAAUUAAAUGCUUUAUUAAAUGAUGCCUUAUCAAUUUAAAUCAUCGAUAACAACUAAAUAACAACACUUUUAUGAACAACAAUAGCUUCAAUAACUACAAAAAACAACUACAACUACAACAACAACAACA